ACCACCUACCUUAUGGUUUGCUCCAGGCUCUUCCUAUCCCUGAGGGUCGUUGGCAGUCCAUCUCGAUGGACUUUAUCGGUCCUCUUCGACCUCCGACCCCCCGCGGUCAUGAUGCUAUCCUGGUCGUCGUCGACCGCUUCACGAAGCGUGCACGCUUUGUUCCGUGCCGCUAUGCCAUCAGUGCACGUGAGGUCGCCGACAUCGUAUUUGACCGAGUCGUGCGUGACCACGACUUACCUCUGAGCAUCAUAUCUGACCGUGACCCGCGCUUUACCAGCCGAUUCUGGCGACGGCUCCACGAGGUGUACGGCAAUCAGCUCCGCUUCUCCUCGUCUUACCAUCCUCAGACUGAUGGUCAGACCGAGAUCACGAACAAGACUCUCGGGGAUAUUCUCCGAAAGAUUGUUCGUGACAACCAGCAGUGGGAUCUCCAUCUUGCCCACGCGGAGAUAGCCUACAACCACGCCGUCUCGCCAGCCACGGGGAUGUCGCCUUACUAUUGCGACCUCGGCUAUCACCCGCGUGUUCCCGCGGACUUCCUUCGACCGUCCCAGAUGCACCCCGACACGAGUUGUCCCACGCUGGAUGAUUGGGUUGCACACAUGACAUCGAUUAUGAAGACCGCACAUGAGCACAUAGCCGCUUCCCAGACUCGCAUGGCAGCAAGUGCGAACCGAUCGAGGAUGGAUCACCCAUUCAAGGUCGGUGAUGAUGUGCUUAUCGACGCCCGCCACUUACAGCUCGAAGCGGACACGCUUCGCAAGUUUCGGCAUCGCUUCUUUGGCCCAUGCCGCAUCCUCCAGACCGUCGGUUCUGAUACGACAUCUAAGCCGGUCAGCUUUCGUGUAAAGUUGUCCGACUACCUACGCCAGGCUCGUGUGCAUGAUGUUUACCACGUCUCGUUACUGCGUCCUUACCGCAGACCGUCUGAGCGUUUCGCUGGACUACCAUACGAGCGCCCUCCACCCAUCAUGGUGGACGGCCACGAGGAGUUCCUCGUUUCAGACAUCAUUGGUCGCCGAGUCACCGACGACAACUCUCCCCACGUCGAGUAUCUCGUACGUUGGAAGGGUUACCCUAAUGAGGAGGCUACCUGGGAGCCCCUCGAGCACUUGCAGCACGCUCGCAUGUUGGUGCGUGCCUAUGACCGUGCUCGUCGUGCUGGGUUCACUGCUCCUCCUCAGCCCACUGACCCUCCUCCUUCUCCUCCGGCUGAGGAGACGGCUGAAGUUGAGCCUGCUCCAUCUGAGGCAGACCUUCAGCAGCAGACGAAUGCUUCUGAGCGUCCACAGCGCACUCGUCGUCGUCCUGCUCGAUACGACGAUUGACUCUGACUUACCUUCCCACGUCUUUGACUWCUCAGUACUCCAUCCACAUCAGUCUUGCUACUUCAGCUCGUCGACGCUGCGGCUCUU